CAGGGUCGUUCGUCACGGUCACCUCACCACAACAUGGGCAAAAAAUCAAACCUCACGGGUUUAUCUCGUUUCCUGCCACAAGACUUUAUUGAUACAAAGGCUGCUAGCCAUUCAGAACAAUCACAAAAUCAGAGCAGAUCUGUAAAGAAACGUAAAACGGAUACCUUUGGUCCUGCUCGCACAAGAUACGAUGCGACCGCCCUCGUUCCUCACUACAACACCGCUCACGAGGUUCCAGAAAACCUUCAGAAAUAUUUUUCUCAACGAAAACGUUACUUUUCUUUAUACGACCAGGGAUGUCUAUUAGACGAAGAAGGCUGGUAUAGCGUGACACCUGAAAGCAUCGCCAUCCGAAUUGCAGAGCGAUGUCGAUGUGAUACUAUCCUCGAUCCUUUCUGCGGCGUCGGAGGAAAUGCGAUUGCUUUUGCAAAAACCUGUGAGCAUGUCAUUGCUCUGGACAUCUCCCCAAUACGAAUAGCGUUGGCUCGUCAUAACGCCGCAAUCUACGGUGUUGCAGACCGCAUUGAGUUUAUUCUUGCGGACUAUGUCUCAUUUGCAAACGCAUAUCUUUCACGACCCCACCCAACGCGCAGGAUCGAUGUCGUCUUCUUAAGUCCCCCUUGGGGUGGUCCAGAAUACAUUUCUCCUACCGAUAGCCAUGUCUCUGCCGACCACAAUACGGACCUACAGGACGAACCGGAGGCACAUUCACAAUUUAGCCUCUCGAGGAUACAGCCGAUACAUGGCGCCGAUCUGUUUCGCCUGACGAAACGGAUCUCAGACAAUAUUGCCUACUUCCUUCCCAGAAACACGGAUCUGAAUGACAUAUCUGCCCUGGGCCAAUCCGAAAAGGACGAAAGUGCCACUACCGACGACGAGCCUCGAAUGAUUGAAGUGGAGGAAGAGUGGAUGGGGUCGAAGUUGAAAGCUCUCACUUGUUAUUUUGGUGGUCUGGUCACUGGGCAAGAACAUGUAUUCUGACUUGAUACGCCGCCAGGACUGUGACUGGACGCAAAUACGCAUCCUCCAGGGUACUCUUGGCUAGGUAUUAUUGCCUGUCAGAGUCUAGCUAGCUAGCGUCAGUGAUGCUAGGAAGUGAAGUCCCUUUGACGUCUCGUGCAAAACUGCAUCUAACUGCUGCUGGCGUUUGGUGACGAUGCUGCUGAUGCUCUGGUCAU